AUGCUGCGCGCCUCAAUUGCUCGGGCUCGUCCUGGAUUGCGGCCAAUUGCCGCUGCCGCUCGCCCGCAAUGGCGCGUUGCGCAACGUUUCUAUGCGGACGAGAAAAAACCCAUUACCGACACCGUACCUCCCACGACGGCCCCAUCGGCGGCUCCAGCGAAUCCCGGCGAACCUGGAGAUGUCAGAAUACUCUCCAGCCAGACCCCAAAGUCUCCUGCGCCUGCUGCUCCCGAGACUUCAGCAUCCCGAUCUGCGCCUGUUGAGCAACCAGAGACUACACCCCCCACCGGAACCGGCACCGCAAGCGUCGCUCCUGGUCCCAUAAAGCCUACGCCGAAGCCGAAGAAGCGACGUCUAGUGCGGGCUCUGUGGUGGUUGACGUUGCUGUCUGUGCUAGGCUACGGAGGUGGGGUCUACUACUCCCUCGUCUCCGACAAUUUCCACGACUUCUUCACCGAGUACAUCCCCUUCGGUGAGGAUGCCGUGGGUUACUUCGAGGAGCGAGAAUUCCGGAAACGAUUCCCGGGUCGGGCUGGCUCCCCGAGAGUUCAACCGCAGGUGCCGGAGAAGAAAGUGACUAUUCCUGGGAAGAGCGGAUUGGGUGCGAGGGUGGCCGAAGAAGCAAGUGGCAGCACUGUUGCGAAGGGACCUCAUGUGAGCGCUGUCGAGGAUAAGGACGCCUCCAAAGGCCAGCAACCCCAAAAAGUCGGCACCAGCACUCCUGAGCAGAAGGAGGUUGAUGCUGAGCCUGUCAAAACCGCCGCACCACCUAUCACCCCCAUCGACCACCUUAACGUAUCCAGUGCCGAUGAGCCCAUUGUACAAGAUGUUGUUCAGAUUUUGAAUGGUAUCAUUACCAUGGUUAAUGCUGACCCUGCACAUGGUAACAAGUACAACUCUGCUCUGGAAAAGGCCAAAUCCGAUCUCAGCAAGGUGGUCUCAGACAUCAAGUUGCUCAAGGACAGCCUCCAAAAGUCUGCCGAGGAGGAUAUCAAGGCCGCACACACCCGGUUCGAUGAGGCUGCAAGAGAACUGAUCAGCCGCCUGGAAGUGCAAAUGCAUAAACAGGAGGCACAGUGGAAGGAGGAGUUUGAAACCGAGCGUGAACGCCUUUCCCAGACGUAUCAAGAGAAGCUUCAUUCCGAACUGGAUAUCGCCAAGCAAGUCUAUGAGCAGCAACUGAAGAAUGAACUUCUGAAGCAGAGCAUUGCGCUUCAGAAGGACUUCACUGCCAAGGUUCGGGAACGCGUCGAGGCUGAGCGGGAAGGCCGCCUUGGCAGACUCAACGAGCUGUCAUCGUCCGUCCAGGAGCUCGAGCGACUAACGGCCGAGUGGAACUCAGUUGUGGAUGCCAAUCUGAAGACACAACACUUGGUCGUCGCGGUCGAGGCGGUCAAGGCUGCGCUUGAGAACCAAGCGCAUCCCAAACCGUUCGUAACGGAGCUGGCAGCGCUCAAGGAGAUUGCUGACGACGAUCCCGUCGUCAGCGCAGCCAUUGCCAGCAUCAACCCGGCUGCCUAUCAGCGCGGCAUCCCCAACGCCGGUCAGCUCAUUGAUCGUUUCCGACGCGUAGCUCAGGAGGUCAGGAAAGCGGCUCUUCUGCCUGAAGACGCCGGUGUUGCCUCCCAUCUCGCUUCCCUCGCUAUGUCCAAGGUCCUCUUCAAAAAGUCGGGUCUCGCUGUUGGCGCGGAUGUGGAGGCAGUGCUAGCAAGAACAGAGGUUCUGUUGGAGGAGGGUGAUCUUGACGGUGCUGCGCGAGAAAUGAACUCUCUACAAGGAUGGGCCAAGGUACUGAGCAAGGACUGGCUGAGCGAUUGCAGGAGAGUGUUGGAAGUGAGGCAGGCGCUGGAUGUCAUUGCGGCUGAGGCGCGGUUGCAAACUCUUCUGGUAGACUAGGGACUAAGCACGGGCUUUUUGGACCUUCUUAAAACAGCUGGCGAGAGAUCCUUUUCAUUUGUGUCUGCCUAUAUGUAGCGCUAUGUGUAUCUUAUAGAGCUUGUUCUUUGAUUCCAAGUGACGUUAAGCUCC